AUGACGAAUGAUAAUCAUGUUAUUACACCUUCCUCAUCAUCUACUGUGCCUCGCACUGUGUUUCAUGAGGAUGAUUUUACGCAUCCCUGUCACCCUCUAUAUGUGCAUCCAUCAGAUGUACUAGGAACUUCUUUGGUUUCUAGUCCGUUUGAUGGCACCUGCUAUGACAGCUGGAGGAGAAAUAUUUUAGUUGCUCUCUCUAUUCGCAAUAAACUUGAUUUUAUUAGCGGUUCUUCUACAAAGCUGCCUCUUGGGUCUCCUCUAGCUCGCCAAUGGCAACGAUGUAAUAAUCUUGUUGUUUCAUGGUUGAUCAAUUCUUUGUCAAAAGAGAUAUCUCGUAGUGUAGAAUAUUCUGAGUCUGCCAAGGAAAUUUGGUGUGAAUUGGAAGAGAGAUAUGGUAAGGCUGAUGGGGCUAGAAUCAGAGUUUGUACUUGUGGAGGGAAAGCUGCUGAGGAUGAAGAGCAGAAGGUUUAUCAGUUCCUUAUGGGUCUGAAUGAUACCUAUAUGCAGACUCACAACAACAUUCUAAUGAUGAAGCCACUUCCAUCUGUUGGAAAUCCCCCAUUUCCUUCCAAGGUUUCCUUUGAUGGGACCAGGAAUUCUCUUAUUUGCAAGUACUGCAAAAAACCUGGUCACUCAAUAGAUAAAUGCUAUAAGCUGCAUGGAUAUCCUCCUCAUUUCAAGUUCAACAAAGGACCUCCUCAUCGCAGAUCUGCUGCACAUGUUGAGCUUGACUCUCAUAGUGCUAAUUUUGUGUCUGGUAGUUCUGUUGGUCCAACUGAGCAUCAAGAAUCUUCUGUGAUACCUAGCCUCACCAAGGAUCAAUACUCCCAACUGAUGACCUUAUUACAACAAUCCCAAAUUUCUGCUUCCCCACACUCUCCACCUCUCUUGGCUUCUGCUAACUUUGCUGGUAAGCUCAUGCCUUAUGAGGGUGUUUCUUAUGGAGCUUGUAUGUUAUCUAGUGUGAAUGGCAUUGUUUGUAUAAUAGACCCCGGAGCUACUGAUCAUAUGACUUCUAUAAAAAGCCUACUUUUUGACAUAAUCACUCUUCCCAUUCCAUAUCUUGUGUCUCUCCUAAAUGGGUACAAAGUUAAAGUCACCAAUGUUGGAUCUUUAGCUUUGUUCCCUGAUUUAAUCCUUCAUAAUGGCUUUUCAGUGAAGAAGCUAGUGGUGCUUGGUAGGCUGGACAUUGGUCUUUACAAGCUAUUUCAGCAUUUGUUUCUUCUUUACCUGUGUUCCUCUUUACCUGUACUUUCUACUAUUGAUGCUGAUGUGAAUGACAAUUCAUUUUCCUUCACUUGCCUUAUUUGUCCAUUAGCAAGACAAACUAGGCUUCCCUUUCAUGAUAGUUCCAUUCAAUCCACUCAUUCUUUUCAGCUUAUUCACAUAGAUACUUGGGGUCCUUACUCCACUCCUAGUCACUCUGGUGCUAAGUAUUUUCUUACUAUAGUAGAUGACUGUACUAGGGCUACCUGGACACACCUAUUGGGGGCUAAAAACAAUGCUUUUGACCUAUUGAAAGCUUUUAUUUCCAUGGUUGAAACCCAAUUUCAAACUAGAGUUCAGAUUGUAAGGAGUGACAAUGCUUUAGAACUAGGUUCCUCUUCUUCUGGGGCACUUUUCUUUUCUGAAAAAGCUUCUACUCUACCUUCUCCUGUUCAUGUUUCUUAUGUUCCAUCAUCUAAUCCUCCUCCUCUUAGAAGGUCUAGUAGACCUCAUUCUGUCCCUGUCUAUCUUCAGGAUUUUGUAUGUUCAGCUCUUCCUACUUCUCUUUCUACCCCUGCUUCUUCUAGCUCUGAGUCUCUAUCAUUCAAUGCAACCAUUUCACAGCUCCAUAUUCCUGAGCCUUACACUUACUCAUAG